AUGGAUGGUACAUAACAGAAAACCAAAAUGGAUGGUGAAGCUGAAGAUUUCAAUCUCCACUGGGAGGAGGAUGAGGUGGAGUCAAAGCACAUCCCUGGUGUAGUGGCUUCUGAGGUCAUCUGUGGCUUAGAUAAUGUGCAAGCUGGUUCUUACUCCAAUAUGAGCUCAGAAGUAAUAAUACAAGACACAGAUCAGAUAGCAGCAGAGAAUCUGAUGUUCUUGUCACAGGAUGUAGUCAGUUACACGGAUGCUGCAGAGUUGGCCGUGGACCCCAGUGUGGAGUGUGUUACGGAGGAGGUGAUCACGGAUGACUGGACUGAGGGGCAGGACAGAGUGGAGGUUCCAUUGGAGCAUUUUACAAACCCGGUGUUGGACAUAAAAGAGGAAAAUGACAUUGAUGUCCCGCUUCCAACAGAUCAGGACCAGUACACAGCAAUGCGACCAUGGCCGUGUGACUUCUGCUCGCGGCGGUUCCGCAAGAAGGCCGCCCUGAUGAACCACAUGGUGGCCCACCAGAACGACCGCCCCCACGCCUGCAACCUGUGCGGCGUGCGGUACGUGCGCAAGUGCGACCUGAUGAACCACCUCAAGGUGCACGCCAUGGUGCCCGACAACGCGGACCCGGUCGACUACGAGGACGUGUUAGAUAACAGUCAAGCGAUAAAACCAAAGAAAAAGCGAGGGAGGCGAAAAAAGAUUCCCGAGCCAGAGCCUGAAGAAAACGGAGACGUAUGGGAGAACAUGACGUCAGCGCGCACCAUGCAGUGGUCGCGCCGCGGGCGCUCGCCGGCGCGACCGCCGCCGCCGCUGCCCGCGCCCUCGCCGCCCUCCGAGCCCGAGCCCUGCCCGCCGCCGGCCGACCCCAGCCGACCCUUCGUCUGCAGGCAUUGCGGGGUCGGCUUCGCGAGGGAGAAGGCGCUACAGUCACACGCGAGGAUACACGGGGGAGAUUCGCCGAUAGAGUGCGGCACGUGCGGCGAGCUGUGCUGGUCGCGCGAGGCGCUGGCCACGCACUCGCGCCAGCGGCACCCGCACCAGCCGCCGCAGCAGCCGACCAGGGAGCCCUAUGACUCCAACUCGGGUGACGACGACAUGGAAUACCAGCUGUCGCCGCUAGCCGACAGCGGGAGCGAGCGAGCCGUGUACGACACGCAGCGAGGCCCCGAACUGUUCUGUCAGGAUUGCGGCGUCGCCUUCCAGCGGGCCGACCUGCUGCGUCGGCAUCAGACCGCUGCACACAGUCACAAACGGCACGACAGCUCGUCGUCGACUUGGGCGGAGCACUCGUGCGACGUGUGCGGCGAGACGUGCGCGGACGCGCUGCAGCUGCUCGCGCACGCGGAGCGCCACGCCGACCGGCCCGCGCCCAACAGAUUCAAGAAGAUGUCACGGGGAAGAAAUAACACGUCUUCAAGUGGUUCGCGGCAAUUCCCCUGCAGAGAGUGCGGCAAAGUAUUCGGGUCGCGCAGCUCCCAACAAAUCCACAUCCGAAUACACACGGGCGAGCGGCCCUACGCCUGCCGGUUCUGCUGGAAGGCCUUCGCGGACGGCGGCACGCUGAGGAAACACGAGCGUAUACACACGGGUGAGAAGCCGUACGCGUGCGCGGUGUGCCCCCGCGCGUUCAACCAGCGCGUGGUGCUGCGCGAGCACGUGCGCUCGCACCACUCCGCGCCCGACCGCCGCGCGAACGGGGGCCCUUCGUUUUGCUGUGUGGUUUGCGGUCGGACGCUACACUCCAGUGCCGAGCUGGUGCAGCACCUUAUUCAACACUGCGACGCCAACACCGCGCUCAAGAGACAGCCACAGACCGGUCCCCGAAAAUACAAGCGGCGGCGGAAAAUCAAGUCGGAGCUGUCACCGCGACACUCCUGGGAGCGCGGCUCCCCCUCCCCCCCGCGCUCGGCCUCCCCCUCCCCCUCCCGCGCCGCGUCCCCCGCGCCCGCGCCGCCGCCGCGCCGCCGCCGCCGCGCGCCCGCCGCGCGACCCAAGAUGAUACACACCGAGGUGCGCCGCGCCAAACCCAAGCAGGUUCGAGGACGGCGACCACCGCGGCACCCGGCCGACGACCUGCGCGCCAUCGCCCCGCCCUCCCCCUCCCCGGCCCCGCCCACACCCUCCCCGCCCCUCAAACGAUCCCCGCCCACCUCCCCUCAGGCGGGCGGCCCGUUCAAGUGCGAAAUGUGCGCCGAAGAAUUCCCCCGCCGCGAUGCGUUACUCCUGCACGUGCCGGUGCAUAUAUGACGCAGUCGACCGAAGCGGCAGAGGCCGCGACUAUCGCGCGAGAAAAGUGCCUGAACACGAGUGAGCGAGCCGACAGCUGUGAGUCCCUGAAAUGUGUAAAUUUUAGUUUAGCAUACAUCUGUGAUGGCUGCGCGAUGGAG